AUGCAGGAAGCUGGAAGUGGAGAAAGAAUAGCAGACCGUCAAUGUUGGGAAUGUCUCAAACGACGCCUGGUGUGCGAUCGUACCCUGCCGCUAUGCAAGAAGUGUCCCAAGGCUGGCAAGGAGUGUCCCGGAUAUAACGAACAAAAGCCAUUGCAGUGGUUAGAGCCGGGCAAAGUGUCUCUACGGCCGAGGAAGAGGAACAGUCCACCAAAGAAGUUCAUCUUCCGACCAAGGACCUCCGGAACGAGCGCGGCAAUCGUCGCGAGCGUGCCAGUCGCUGCUCCUUGUGAGCCUAGCGAGCCUGGUCUAGCGGAGUCAAUCUCGCAAGAACCGUGCCUGACCCUCGCAUACCCGCUUUUCGAAAGAUCUUCGAUCACUUCAGAGGCUAUCGAAAUAUACGAGAGUCAUCUCGCAAGCUUGUUGGUGCAAGAAGACAGAGCAGCAUGGUGGCAUGAUCUUGAUGUUGAGAAGCGGGUGAAGCACAUCACACUGAUGGCUACCGAGGCUGCAGCUGCGUCUGGAGUGGGCGAACGUAUCAUGCGGAUCGGCAACCAAGAUCAGAUCAAGGAAGUUGUAGAAAGGGGCCAGUACUGGGAAGCUGCGGCAUUGUUGCAGUCUAAUCGGGAUCCUCUCGCUAAGAUACAACGACUGCUUCGAGUCAUGCAGGCGAACAAACUACCUUCGUAUGACUUCUUGUCGGAUGAAACAUGCGAGGUAGUGCAUGCUGUCAACUACUUUAACACCAGGAUAUACCCAUAUAUCAAGGAAACUGACGCCUUGGCACCCAACCCAGCGAUAAUCCGCUUUCCCGUAUGGGCAUUGCACGUCUUGCCCCCUGCGGUGCACUAUACCACUGUCUGCUUAAGUAUAAAUCAUUAUAUGCACUCGUUACCCCCGGGAUCGAGUGGUAUGGUGAUUGGAGAAAAGCGACUGAAGAUUUACAACUACCGGGGCCUUGCCAUCCGUGCCCUUAAUGAGAGCAUAGCGCGUAAGGAGACUCGCAGCAGCGAUCUCACUAUUACUAGCAUACUCAUGUUUAUGGCUAUGGAGGUACACGACUCCAAAGAUGGAGACUGGAGGUCUCAUGCGGACGCGCUAGUGGUAUUUGUGAUCAUUGUAACCUUUUCAAACACUCUUGGUCCGGUAUCACGUCAACUCAAUAUCACGGAGCCGCUUGAGCAGCACAUCAAGGAAGUGGAGAAGGUGUAUAGCCUUGUCUUUCCUUACACAUUGUGUCCGGUAACGCUGUUCAUCGACAUCAUUCGCAUUAAUCGACUACGUCAGGAAGUCGCCCUCUCGUCCUUUGCAGACCAGUACCAGCAUAGCUUGAAUGCACAAAACAUCCUCGCUCGUAUCGAGGGUUUUAUCCCCGGAGAUUGGGCGCAAGCCGGUGAGAAUCAAGAUGACUGGCAGCUGAUUGGUUCAAUCUAUCAAUCUGCCACAGCACUUUACUGCAUCAUGUCACUGCAGGCUCUUGUGGCUCUUCCCGCUAGCACUGAAAUGAACAGCACGCGAACUGACCACGCGAAGCAUCUAUUGGAAAAUAUGAAGGCUGCCCUACAUCUGAAACAGCUGAAGAAAAUUGCGAUGUUUCCGUUAUGUGUACUUGGAGUGGAAGCGGGGUAUCACGACCAACAACGUACUCGACUGUGGAUUGAACGACAACUAGAAGGACACGCUCGACUUCUUGGUACUAGCAGCCCUUUGAAAGCGCGGGCGGUACUCAGGCGGUACUGGCGGUGGAAGAGGCCUGGCUGGAAUGAGUGUUUCGACGAACCAUUUACGAUCCUUGUGCCAGCAGGUGCUUGCUAG